GGUGUUUCAUAUGAUAGCAAUCCCUGCCACCAGGGUGGUUCAUCCUCACAAAACUACGGGGGAUCAUCCUCACAAAACUAUGGUGGAUCCUCCUCACAGAACUACGGUGGAUCGUCCUCACAAAACUAUGGUGGUAACCAAGGUGGAUAUUAUGGUGACAACCAGGAUGGAUCCUCACAAAACUAUGGUGGUGGCCAAGGUGGAUCAUCCUCCUCAGAUGGCUAUUAUGAUGGUCAGGAAUCCCAAGAUUUCUCAAGCAAUAAUCCCAACGCUUGUGAUGAUAAUGACUCUACCUACAGUGCCAAUGGCCAGCGUUCUGGUUGUGCAAAGAAGAAGGUUCUUGUUGCCCGAGAUACAUCACAUGUUUUAAAUGAAAGAGCCUAUGAUGUACUGAAUUCAUCUUCUCCUUCGAAUGGCAGUCACGAUGGUGUCCAGGGUGGAUCAUUUGUGGCAACCAGUGGUGGAUCAAGUAAUCAGGGUGGCUGUGUUUGUCCUGAUGGAAGCAGUGGUCACAGACAGGGUGGUCCAGGUUCUUCCCACAGCUCUUACUCUGGUAACCAGGGUGGGCCUUCCUUCUAUCCUGGUGGAUCUUACGGACAAGGUGGGCCUUCCUUCUAUCCUGGUGGAUCUUACGGACAGGGUGGAUCUUCUGCUUAUGAUGGCAGCAGUGAAUCCUAUGGUCAGGGUGGAUCUUCUGCAUAUAGUGGUGCUGAGUCUUAUGGUCAGGAAUCACCUUCGACAGGAAGCAGUGAAAAUUAUGAUGGUGAAUCACCAUCUGGUAGCCGCCAGAGCGAACGGGGAUCAUCUUCUCAAGGUGGUGGCUACUCCAGUGGACAGGACUCAUCCUCAUCUGGAAGCAGCCAGUAUGGUGGGCAGGGUCCAACAUCUUCAGGAAGCAGCCAGUCUGGUGGACAGGACUCAUCAUCUUCUGGAAGCAGCCAGUACAAUAGCCAAGGCUCAUAUUCCUCUGGAACUAGCCAGUAUGGAGGUCAGGGUUCACCUUCCUCAGGAAGCAGCCAGUAUGGUGGACAGGGUUCACCUUCUUCAGGAGGCACCCAGUAUGGAGGACAGGGUGUAGCUCCUUCAGGAAGCAGCCAAUAUAGUGGACAGGGCUUUUCCUCAGGAGUCAGACAGUCUGGUGGACAGGGCUCUUUUGCUGGGACCAACUACCACGGUGGACAGGGCCCAUAUUCUGGAAGCAGUCAGUAUGGUGGACAGGGAUCAUAUCCCUCAGGAAGCAGCCAGUAUGGUGGGCAGGGCUCAUAUCCUUCUGGAGGCAAACAACAUGGUAAACCAGGUGGCUCUGGCUCAGGAAGCACUUACCCUGGGAAACAG